CUACCACCGGGAAAUAAUUCAAUUCAAACUUAUUAAAAUAAGUACAAUAACUUUCACCUGCGAUUUUCUCGAUUUUCGAUUAGUGUGAGGAUGAUGUGUGUAAUAGUGCUAGCGAUAUAUAGUUUUUUGCAGUUGCCGACCAAUUCUGGUUCAAAUUUAGAGAAUGCUGAAGAUGAUCAAAGAAGAAACAGUUCAUUGAGAGAAGAGACUAGUCCUCAAACCUGCAACAAAAACAUACAUGAGGAGCCACCUCUGAUAACAAGUCGUUUUGAAGAAUCCUACUACAUGAAAGAAGAGGAUGAUUUAACAAAAACCUUUCAAUGUAGAUCAUCUGGUAAUCCAACACCAACAUUUGAAUGGAUCCAUGACGGUAGAGUAUUAUCUAAUUAUUAUAGCCUACAUAUUUCAUUGAAUCAAAACACAGGAAAACUGACAAUAACCAAACCGUCACUACGUGACUUCGGUACCUAUCAGUGUUUUGCCACAAACAAAUAUGGAACAGCAGCCUCUGCAGCGUUUCAGAUAGAAAGAGCAGUUAUUACAAGUUUUAGCAACUCAAUUGAAAGGACAUUACCAGAUGCUUAUCAGUAUAGGAGUGUGUCUAUACCAUGUGUGGGUAAACGGAGAUGUCAACCUAAUGACGAGUGUAGAGUUGAAUGGAAGUUAGGGGAUGGAACCAGUAAUACUAUUCGUGAAACUAAACGAAUAGCUAUUGAUAAAAAUGGUACUCUACAUUUUUUGUACGUUGACCUUGAAGAUACAUCUACAGCAGCUACCCCUUACGCAUGUGGAAUAAACAAUGAGUUAAUGAGAGCAUUUUACAAAGGCGGCAAUGUAAUUAUGACAAUCUUGAGAGAUAUCAACCCUAAUUAUAUUAAACCAAAACUUCUUUUCUCAUAUGAUGUAAAGGGCUUACUUGGAAGAGAUGCUGAACUACAGUGCAUUUUUUCCGGAUAUCCCCUUCCAGAUAUUGAAUGGUAUUCGCCUGGCAUCAAUCAACUAAUACAACCAAGUAGCAAAUAUCAAUUCACUGAUCCUAGUGUCAGGAGAAACCUGAAAAUAACACAUUUAGAAUUAACCGAUGAAGGAACUUAUAGGUGUAAGGGCGUCAACAUUGGUGGUUAUGUUGAAGCUCGCAUAUAUGUCAAUGUAACAUCCAAACCGAUUUUUCAAGAAGGUGAGGCACUUAAAUCCCAAGUUAUCCCGGAUGGUCAAAAUGCUGUGUUUAGGUGCAAAAUGGAAUCCCUUCCUGCUGAAAACACUCCUUCAGAACCUAUUUGGAGGAUAAAUAGAAAAGAAUUGUCUGAUGAACAAUAUGAUAGCAAUUUUUCACAUAAAUAUCAGCUCAGUGCAGAUAAAGAAAUCCUUACAAUUAAAAAUGUAAAGUAUCCAGAAGACUCGAGUAGUAUAAGUUGUGAGACGGGAAAUAUAAUAUCUGACAGAAAUGGUGAAGACAGUUAUGCUAAAAGUUAUGCCUACGCUUUCCUAAGAGUGAUGGCAUGUCCAUCUGGCUUUAUAUUUACUAACGGGUCUAACUGUGAGCCAUGCACUAAAAACUGGUAUGGGAAUGAUUGCCUUUGUUUUUGUGAAUGUAAUGAUCGUCAAAGGUGAUAUUUUUAAUCUUGGUUUCAAAUUGUUAUCGUAGCAUAAUUUUAAAAUGAAAUUAAGAAUGGAAAUGGGGAAUGUGUCAAAGAGAUAACAACCCGACCAUAGAAAAAAACAAGGUCAUCAAAAGGUCUUUUAUGUAGCGAGAAAUUCCCUCACCCGGAGGUGUCCUUCAGAUGGCCCCUAAACAAAUAUCUACUAGUUCAGUGAUAAUGAACGCCAUACUAAUUUCCAAAUUGUACACAAGAAACCAAAAUAAAAUAUUACAAGACUAACAAAGGUCAGAGGCUCCUGACUUGGGACAGGCGCAAAAAUGCGGCGGGAUUAAACAUGUUUGUGAGAUCUCAACCCUCCCCCUAUACCUCUAUCCAAUGUAGAAAAGUAAAAGUUUUGUGGUUGGUAUCUUGUACUUAUUAACAGUUACCGAAUGUCUCUGGUAUUUUAUAAUCAAUUAUCAUGGAAGACACCCACUUUACUUUAAGGGAACCUGUAUUGCAUCGGAAUAUUUUCUUUGUAGUAUAUCAUGCUGGUAGUUUUCGGUUAAAACACUUUCAAAAUAUAAAAGCCUAAAAGACUAACAAGAAACAUUGGUUUAUGUUGUAACUUCGCCAUGCAUUAUCUCAUUCUUUAAUUAUGCGCAUUCAAUUUUGGUUAACAAAUUAUUAAUAAAAAGUGUAUAAUAGUUUAUUGUUUUUUGUAGAUGUGAUUAUGUUCUUGGUUGCGUUGAAACGUCUUCAAGAGUUACAACUACCCAAUCAACGAUUCCGAGAUUUGUUGAUCGGAAAUUAGUCGUAUACAUUCUGGUAAUUGUCUGUGGUAUGAUAUUUGUGCUAGGUCUUUGCGGUUGCAAGAACAUAUGGAAAACGAGGGAUAGCAGACAAAUUCAAUCUAUCAAGGAAGAUAAUAGAAAUAUGCGAGUCACUUUAUAUAACGGUAUAUAUGAUGAAGUUGAAGCGUUGGAACUGGUAGACAAUUCUAAUAUAAACCCCAUUCAGAUGAAGAAUAUAACUAAUGCAAAGGAAGAAGCAGGACGUUCAGACGAUACUUAUCCCGUCUGUCAUUUAGCUUUAGAAGAUAAUAUCCGUAUCUCCGAGCAUUAUACUUGCAUCUGUCCUUUAUAUUCAGAUAAUAAUGACAGAACCACUGCCGCCCCUUCAUUUGCUCUCCAUGAAAGUUGUCGUUGCAUUCAUACAUCUGAUCAAAGUAAUUUUUCUUUCGAAAAUAAUGAUGACGCGCAUAACAGUAAUGUGUAUGAGCAAAUAUAUGAUUUAACGAAUGAACCAUGCGGGUAUACAAACGAUUUACCGCAAUUCAUUAAAAAAGACAACGCGAAGGUUGAAUAUCCAAAACCAUAUCAACCUCUGCAAGGAAAUUGUAACCAAGCACCGAAAACUGAUGCGGACACUUUUCCUCUUCAAACCUGGACUAUGAAAUCAAAAUCUUCUUCGGAAAAAAUAAAAGAAAACCAUGAAAAAGAACAUUAUAUAAACGGGAACAUAAAGUUUUCUUAUGAAGAUGAACAACGUUAUGAAAAUCAGGACGACAUUACCCAUUCUAGGACUGUGAAAUCAACAUCUUCGUCGGACAAGGAGGAAAGUAACAAUGAUCAAGAAAAUAAUAUACACGCGAAUACGAAGUUUUCAUGUGCAGAUGAACAUCUAUAUAAAAAUCAGGACAACAUCACCCAUUCUUGGACUUUGAAAAAAACAUCUUCGUCACACGGACAGGAAGAAACAAAUGACCAAGAAUUAUAUAUAAAUGGGAACAUAAAGUUCUCAUGUACAGAUGAACAUGUAUAUCAAAAUGAGGACAGCACCCCUAAUUCUUGGACUGUGAAAACCGCAUCUUCAUUGGACAACAAGGAAGAAAAUAAUGAUCAAGAAAUUUAUAUAAACGAUAACAUGAAUUUCUUUGAUGAAGACGAACGACUUUAUGAAAAUCCGAACAACAUCACACAUUUUCAUCUGCAACUCUUAUCAUCUGAAGAAAAUUCUACAAAUAAAGAUGAAACAAUCUGCUAACAGAAAAUCUAAUAAAGGUGCUGAAAAAAAAAAUUGGAGGUAGAAACGUUACCAUUAACUUCAUGAUCAUCCAUACUCAUCAUAACGAUGCUUUUAUUCAAAUAUUUAUACUAGUUCUGACGUAGAAAUCAUUUUUAUUAUGUAUACAUAUAUAUACAUACUUAAUGUUGAUACUGGUUAUGGGGUUUCGUUGUAUUGACAUUUUUCAUAUUUGUUUUUCUUAAUUUCACUUUUUUUUAUUCACACUCAUUCAGACUUGUUUUUGUCACGUUUUUUACAUUUCAAAGCUGAAGACUUUUGGACAUUUAUUAUUGAGACAUUUGUUGGUUCUUUGUGUGUA